AACGAAAACAUAGUAUGUAAACAAAAUCAUGAUUGUGAGAAUCAAUUGAUUUGAGAAAAAAAUGAAAGAGUUGUUGUGUGUGCUCACCGUCUACGUUUUCAUCGUUGUCUGUUCUUCACCAGUGGAUCUUUAAAACAAAAACAUAAAUAAAAACAAAAGCAUGAUUGUGAAAAUCAAUUGAUUUUAAAAAAAAAGAAAUAAAAGAGUUAUUGUGUGUGCUCACCGUCUAUAACUUCAUCGUUGUCUUUUCUUUAGAACAAUUGAUUGUUCUUUUGGUGAAGUAUUGAAAGAGAAGAAUUAUGUGACAGAAGAAAAUGUAUGAUUUUGUUGAUAAUCUGAAGAAGAAAGAGAAACACUGGAAAGAGAUGGUGGAGUAGAGACGUGGCGGUGGUGGUGAUGGAUUAGAAGAUGUGGCUAAAAUUUUUUUAUAUAUUUUUUAAUUAUUUUUGUUAGUAUGUUUCACCGGUAGGUUGAAAAGGGUAAUAUGUCAAUAAUCUAUAAUGUGUACAGUGUAUUUUGAAAAACCAUGAUUUUUAAGUAGUGGAUGAAUUAUAAUUUGUUUGAUGGAUGUAUGAUGCAAUUCCCCUUGAUUUAUUAGAUCAAAUUAUGAUGUAGACUAUAAAAUAAGUCUACCAAGUAGAUUUCUCUGAAGGUCUACAGAUAUUUAGAUUUUUUUGGUUACGUGUAGACUUAUGAAUUACAGAAUCAUAAAAUAAUUUUUUAUUUUUUAUUUGGUCAUAAGAAUUAAAUAAUAUUUUACCAUCUUUUAGGUUGAUUUUGCAUUUUAUUGAAUAUGUGUGCUACUUUUUGAUUUAAAAUGAAUAUUUAGGUUGUUUUUAGCAAAUUCCUCUCGUUUAAAAUUGGAUAGUUACAAUUUUUUUACUGAUUUUCUUUAAAAUAUACUUGUAAUAUAUGCCAAAAAAAAAUAUUGUAUACCAACAUUUUUGUAUCCAAUUAUUUCUAUCAAAAAUUUCGAUUGAGAUUGUACUCCUAUAAUUCAACACUCGACGUUGUUUCAAAUUAGUAAUGCUGAUUUUCUUCUUUUUUUUAAUCUAUACUAUAUUAAAAGGGAUAUAUAAUCAACAGGGAGAGUGUCCACGUCCUCAAUUUAAAUCAGCCAAUAAGAAUUAUUCUUUUUACCACGUAUGCUAUUUUAGCCCAAAACAUGGAAACCAACUUCGAUUGUGAUUCAUCUUCCUCGAUUCCAACUGUUUUUUUUUCUUCAAGUUUUCAUUCUUCAACGCCUCCUACGGUCCUACCUAAUUAGGGUGUGGAAGAGCCGUCUAUUCUCUUCAUCUCUUCGUCUCUUUUUUUUUUUGCUCAAACAUCUCUUUGUCUCUAUCUCUUCCUCUCUGUCUCUCUCUCUAUGUCUCUCUUCCAAUGAUGAAUCCACAAGGCCAUCCCGAACCUGAUUCCGAACCUCCUCCGACGAUACCUUCGAGUCGGUGGGUGUUGAGAUGAGGAAUGGUGAAGAAACUAAAUGUGUUUUUCCCUUGACGAGUCUCCUUUGCGGUUUGGUGGGUUGAUUGAAAAGUUAAGGUCUUUUGAUCCUGUUUUGUGUUCUAAUUCUCUGUAGUUAAGGCUUUUUACUGAGAAAAUCUUUUGGGUGAUGCAGAUCUUUGAUAGUUUUCAGAGAAGUAUCAAUUUUUAUUGAAUUGCCUUUGUUGGUUUGUGAGGUUUGUUCCUCUGUUUCGCCGCCGCAGAAGGAGAGGUUUAUCCGAGGAAUAGGAAAGUUUGAUCUGCGGCAACGAGAUGGAAGAAGCUUGGUUUCGUCUGUGUUAUCUCUCUCAAACUAGAUUUGAUUUUGAAAUGGCUUGAGGAGAUGAGAAAAGAGGACGAGGAGAGGAAGGUUUAUAUAAAAGGAAGGACGAAGGGUGAGAGAAAAGAAGUAACUUCGAAAUUGUCAUUCACCCUCCAAAAACGACUACGUCAAUUAUGGCAGUUGAGCCGCUCAUUUUCUCUUUAAUUAUCAAUAGGGUGACACAAAGGGAUCAGCAAAAGGUGGGGAUGCAAAUUCAAAGAAAGAGGUCAAUCAAGCCAAAAUGGCCAGGUACAGACACCUGGUCUUCCCUAUACUCGAGUUCCUUCAAGAGCAUCAACUUUACCCUGAUGAGCAGAUCCUCAAGUUCAAGAUCGAGCUUCUGAACAAGACCAACAUGGUUGAUUACGCCAUGGACAUCCACAAGAGUCUCGACCACACAGAAGACGCUCCCCAAGAUAUGGAGGAAGCGGCUGCAUUGCUCGUGACGUUCCUUUUGAACCCUAAUGCUGUCCAGGAGCUAAGAGGUGAUAAGAAAUACAAUCUCCAGAUGCUGAAAGAACGUUACCAGAUUGGUCCAGACCAGAUUGAGGCGUUGAAUCAGUACGCCAAGUUUCAGUUUGAAUGUGGGAAUUAUUCAGGUGCCGCUGAUUAUCUUUCCAGUACAGGACUCUUUGCUCUAACCUUGAGAGAAGUAUGAGUGCCUUGUGGGGGAAGCUAGCAUCUGAGAUAUUGAUGCAGAACUGGGACAUUGCGCUUGAAGAGCUCAACCGUCUCAAGGAUAUUAUUGACUCAAAACUGCUGUUGGGUUGCAGAAGUCACGAUUCUGGUGUGAGCCGCUUGGUGAGUUUUGGUUGCUUGUGUUGUUGUUUUCCUUUCUCUGAUGUUCGUAGGAGAGAUGCAUCAUUCUUCAUGAUGAUUCUUUCUCUCUCUACAAAAGCUCAUCUUUUCUACUUACCAUUCAGUUCCCAGAUGCUCGAGGAGACACUAUAUGUAAAGAACUCACACAGACACCGCAAUCUCAUUAAGUAUCUAAAAGACUAUAUUGACUUCAUUUCCACAAAAUAUCCUUUUUGGAAUCGAACUUCUGGAGCUGAUCAUUUCCUUGCCGCCUGCCAUGACUGGGUUCCAUCGGAGACACGCAAGCAUUUUUCCAAGACUAUAAGGGCGUUGUGUAACUCGGAUGUUAAAGAAGGCUUUGUCUUUGGAAAGGACACAUCUCUACCGGAGACAUACGUUAGAUAUCCCAAGAAACCACUAAGUAACAUCGGUGGCAAGUCUGCGUCCAAAAGGCCAACAGUAGCUUUCUUUAAUUUGCUGGUCAACCCGAUCACGGGUACGUUAGGCCAAUACUACUCUCUUACUGGGGUGAACAACAAAGAUCCUGACCUGAAAAUUUUCGGGAAGCUUCUGAGGUCUAAAGGAAACAAGAACUAUCUUCAGUUCAUGAAGACGAGCAAAUACUAUUUUCUAUGGUUGUGUUCCAGUAAUCAUAUCUGAUAACUUUGUGCCACCUUUCUUCGAGGUUUUGAAGUGGGAGUCGUUUGCGGUUUUUGUGUUGGAGAAAGAUAUACCCAACUUGAAGAAGAUUUUGAUGUCUAUAUUGGAACGUAGGUAUAAGCAAUUGCAGAUGAGAGUGAAGAGAGUACAGAAGCAUUUUUUUGUGGCAUGUGAAGCCUGAGAAGUAUGAUAUGUUUCACGUGAUUCUUCAUUCUGUUUGGUUUAACCGAGUUUUCCAAAUUUCGGUUUAGAAGUUCUUUAUCAAACAAACAAUUCAUUUA